AAAGUGAGAAGCUAUAAAUCGUGGGAAAACCAAGCAAAAUUUGAAAUUAAUGUGGGAUUUUCCAUCACAUCAAGCUGCAACUGAUAUGCUUGUUUUUUUUCAGCUUGUUUCGCAGGUCACACAACACCAACCAUGGGAAAAAACGUUCAGUUCGUUAUAUUCAUCUUGGCUCUGGUAUUGUAUGCAGCAGCUGAAGCUAAGAAAAGCAGUAAAAGACACACGAUUUUGAAGUGUUGCGGAGCGAGUUCGUGCGUAAAAACUGGAAGUAAUAAUAAAAUUGCAGAAGCCACAAAUACGACAAGCUUAAGAAGCACGACAAUUGGAAAAUCUGAGUCAACAGAGAUGGAUCCACCAACACAAGCUGAAACAGAACCUUCAUCUCUGCCAUCUUUAGAAAUAACAACAGAAGAACAAACGACAGAAGUGUCAGCACCAUUAUUUCUGGACAAAUUUGUUUUAAUUAACCACUACUAUUUCCACAGACCGACAACCUUUUCAGUUAUCACAAGUACAUCAACAACGACAACAACAGCCACUACAGUAAUUACCUCAACUACUACAAAACCUCCAACUAAAGAGGAGUUAAUCCUUGGAACAUGCGAAACUACAUUUGAAAGAGACAAUACCUUAUUUAAUACUGAUGGCACUCUAAAAGAUCCCGAAAAAUAUGGGUUCUGGGUGCAGUCGUGCGGCCAACAGCUUCUCUUUGGGAAAUCUUUGGCCACGUGGAGAGACAAUUUUAUAAGAUGCUACAAAAUUGGCAUGGAACCUCUUACUUUUGAGAAUGCAACAAAACUCAGCUGUUUCUCAAAUUUGGUUUCUAAGUGGAAGUACAACUCCAAUUACUGGACUUCUGCUUUGAGGGUGAACGAAAGUGACUUUUCGUGGUGCACAAAGGAUGGAUCUUUCACGGUUGAGAAAUCGACGUUGCCCUGGGCAACAGGUCAGCCGCAAAAUGCCAACAAUAGUGAAAACUGUCUGCACCUCAACGUCUCAAAAGCAAACGCAAACUUUUCAUUUUCGGACAGGAUUUGCACCGAACCUCAAAUUUUUGCAUGCCAGGGAGCACCGACCCCAGCCCCAACAUGCUCAAGUCCUCUCUGUCCGAACAUAACUUGCGCUAAAAAUCUUCUUUUCUAUACAACUAUGGGAAAUUCACAAUAUUUAACAAAUCCAAAAUUGCAUGGAAGUUGGUUCACAUAUAACGGACGGAGUUAUUUAUUCAGUUCAACAAACAAAACCACCAGUUAUUUAGGAGCGAUGCAAGCGUGUUGCGAGGUUGGGAUGACUUUGCUGAGUUUGGAGUACGACUACAAGUACAAAUCAAUCAUUCAGGCAAUUAAGGAAAAUGUAUCUCUGAGUGAUUAUUUCUGGACUUCGGGGAGCGAUCGCGGCUGCGAGUCGAAAUUCGGGUAUUGCACGGCCAAGAGGAUUUUGCGCACAGAGGCCGUUUGGGCUCCGGGUCAGCCGGACAACGCGGGCGGAAACGAAAAUUCUGUUGCAGUUUUCAUCGAUUCUGCAAAAGCUCAGUUGUUGGACUACAAUGAGGACUCUAAAUUAAAAUUUAUAUGCGAGGCAAGGGACACUUCAAAAUCAAGUUCAGGCGGAACUGCCGUUAGAGACGAGUGUGUUGCAAUUUACAACGUCAGUCAGGCCGAGAUUGACGGUCUUUUGAAUCCAAGCAUUCAGAAAGACACAAGGAUGAAGUGCUUUAUUAAGUGUUUGGGUGAAAACGCUGGCUUGAUGGUCAACGGAAAGUUUUUGGAGAACGAGGUUUUGGCCACUUUGGAGAAAAUUUCUGCUGGAAAUGUGGACGAGCUGCAGAAAUCUAUGGGAGUAAUGGACGAGUGCGGAAACUCAUCAAACGGAAUGGAUGAGUGUGACAAAGCGGCUCAAAUGAUAAAAUGCAGCAGCGAGAAAGCGCCUGACGUUCUUAACGGAAUUAUCACGUCCAUGGACCAGUCUAUGCCCAUUGAAGCUCCUGCUAUGCCACCUCAAGCACUGUGUUACGAUCCAAACGACUGUGUUGUGAAUGCAACAUGCGCUAAUGAAGUGUCCAGUUGCACUGGAAACUGCACGGUUACUCACGGUUACGUGCGAAAUGUUUGUGGCAAGAGGUAUUUACAUCAUAAUGGCAAUGUGAACUUCAAACAAGCAGUUAUUAAUUGUUGCGUUCAUGGAAUGAAACUCGCCACGAUUGAAAAUGUAGCCGAACUCAAUUGCCUGACUGGGCUCAACACACCCUUCAGUGGCGGUUGGACGUGGUUCUCCUUGAGCAGGAUGAACAGCACCACUGCUCGGUGGUGCACUUCAAACGCCACCUUUUCCUUUGACGGAUUCGGCGCCAUUACUGAAAAUCUGGACCCUUCAUAUGACACUUACGUCAUAAACCCGAAUACCAAAGCAAUUUCAAUCACUCGCACAAUUUACACCACCUACCCGUUGUGUGUUUCACCUUGA